AUGAAUUUAACAAUUGAAAAUUUACUCUUGGAUAUGAAAGAAGAACGGAAAAAAACAAAAAAUGAUGAAGAUGAUGAUUAUAUACUUGUUCAACAAGUAAAUAGUCAAUGGCCAAAAUUAUUUGAUAUUUAUUUUUUAUCAACAACAACACGUCUUACUCAAACAUCAACUUGUACAACAAGUGAUGAUGAUCUUAUUUUUUAUGUUAGACGUAAAACAAUGGAUGAGUUUCAACGUUCAUUACAUUCCGUAGAAGCUUUUCGUCAUCAUGAUACAAAACGUCAACCAAAAUUAGCAUCACCAGACUAUGAUUGGGAAGAAACAACAAAUCUUAAUCUUGUUCUUCAUCAAUUUGAAUAUACAGUAACAAUAGCUGUUUGUAUUAAAUCAAGUAAUAAACAUUUACAAGUUAUAAAACGUUUAUCAACAAGAGUUUAUGCAAGUCCAUCACGUCGUGAUAUGGAAAAUAAAGGAAUAGAAGAAAAAAUAACUUAUCCAAAUAUAUAUUUUAUUGUUGAUAAUUUUGAAGAUACAUUUUGUGAAAUGAUUGUAAACGAAGGUCAGAUUGUAUGUGUUGAAUUAAUAGCAAAAAAUCCUGUUUUAAAUGAAUCAAGAGUUUUAUUUCUUGGUUCUAUUAAAUAUGAAGCUUUAAAAAAUGUUUAUGAAAAUCGAGCUACAACAAGUAUUCGUGUCGCUCAACGAAUGUCAUUAGGAAUGUAUACAAAACAACGAAUGGAAUUUGUUCGAAUGCGUGGACCGAAUGGCAAAGGUCAUGCAGAAAUGGCUGUUAGUCGAUAUCGAUCAAAUCAAUCUGAGAUAACACCUGAAUCAAGUCCAACAACACCACCGACAACUACAUUUGAUGAAGAAAAUUGGAAUCAACGUCGUACAAAUGAGAAUGAUUCAGUGAGUCAAUACAUUCCAUCGACAUCGAACCAACAACAAAAUUCAUCUAAUGCAACAGCAUCAGAAGUAGAAUCAACUGAUACUCAACGAGAAUUAUCUGAUGAUACAAGUGGUUUUCUUGGUCGUACAUUAAAUCAAGCAAUGAAUUGGAUGCGUGGAUCAAAUCCAAAUCUUAAUCAAUCAAUAAAGACUUUUCCAUUACAAACAUGUCUUACAUAUUUAACAUUACCUUGUGAUUUAAUUGUUAAAGAUAUUCUUGAACCAAAUUCAAUACCUAUUCUUACAGCUCCAUAA